ACGCACGGUCUGGCUGGCUGGAGGAAGCUGCAGAUUAAUGAAGCUGCUCCCUCGCUUUUUUGGCAGCAUUUUUCAGGAACCUGGGGCUUUUAGCAAUGCUGAUUUACAACCAGAUGCUCUAUAAAACAGCAAUCUAAAUCGAGGCUUGCUGUUUCUCUUCUAUGCAGCAGGAAGAUUGUGGUAAUGUGUAUGUUCUGUGAGAUGUGCAGACAGACUAAAUGUUUCCUGGCUGCUGACACAGUGCUCGGGAGCCAAGAUGCCAUCCUUGCCUGUCAAUUAGACCACGACUGCUCUUUUCCAUUAAAUAAAUUACUAACCCUGCAUGGUGUGGGUGCAUUUGCAAAAGUCGAGAACUGACAGUAUUGCCUUGUUACAACAAACUAACCGGAAUCUUGUGAACAUGUUCAUAGAGUGGUUCACAGACUGGAAGCUGACACUGGACCAAAUGAAACACUUAGUCCUCGCGAGCUUGCAGGCUCUGAGAGACUGUGAUGUAACUGCAGUGACAACCUUUGCUUGCGUCCUGGCACUUUUUGUGUGGUAUUGUUACCAUGUAGGCAGUGAGCAGCCUCGCAACUAUGCACCAGUGAAUGCCAUGAUGCAGAGCGCCGAUGUAAAUGGUUUGCAAAAUGGUUACAUGUACUGCCAGUCUGCCGAUUGCGUAAGGUGCACUCAUAAUGAGGGACGCAAUCAGAAGCUUUAUCACAAUUUGCAGGAAUAUGCGAAGCACUAUUCAUGGUCAGGAAUGGGACGGAUCCAUAAAGGAAUCCGGGAACAGAGCCGGUAUUUGAACAACAGGUCAUCCAUUCAAAAACCAGAAGUUUUCUUCCUACCUGAUUUGCCAACAACCCCUUAUUUUUCACGUGAUGCUCAGAAGCACGAUGUGGAGCUAUUGGAACGAAACUACCAAGCUAUCCUGGCUGAGUUUGAACUGAUCUUCAAGGCAUUCUCAAACUGCAGCCUUCCACAGGGCUGGAAGGUUAACAGCACACCCAGAGGCGAAUGGUUCACCUUCUAUCUGGUUAACCAGGGCAUAUGCAUUUCCAAUAAUUGCAGAAGGUGCCCUCGGACGUACCGGUUGCUUGGCAGUCUUCGCACUUUCAUCAGUAACAAUGUCUUUGGGAAUGCCUGUUUCUCCGUAAUGAGCCCAGAAACACUCAUUACUGAACACUAUGGUCCCACAAAUGUUCGGAUCCGCUGCCAUUUAGGUUUGAAGGUUCCCAGCAAUUGUGAAUUGGUUGUAGGAGGAGAACCACAAUGCUGGGCAGAAGGGCGCUGUUUGCUGUUUGAUGAUUCCUUCUUACACACAGCAUUCCAUGGAGGUCCAAGUGAAGAAGGUCCCCGAGUGGUAUUCAUGAUUGAUUUGUGGCACCCUAACGUUGCUGCUACUGAACGGCAGGCUUUAGAUUUCAUCUUUUCUCCGGGCCGCUGACUCCUUUUGAUCCUCUUUUAUUUUAUUUCUGGAGUGACCGAUCUCAGAACGAGUGAAAUUACCGGAACGAGGGCUCUUGGAUCAUCAGAUGUGCUGUCCAACUUUCAUCAAAAAGGAAUAAGUGGACACACUAAGGAAAAUAUAAGCUUUAUUUGCUGAAAAUGCACGCAAUGCCGUGUUAAUGGUUACAUGGAGAAAAGAGUCCAAGAUUUAUUUAUUUAUCUAUUGCUUCUGAUUUUUAAAAAUAGAAUAGGUCAGUCUCAACUUCCCUUCCACCUCACCGGGUAGUGGGAUGACCAUUGCUGUUUACCUGAUUUUUCUUUAGCUGUGCUACGGUCAGUGAGAUGAUUUUUCUGUCAUAUGCCUUGGGCUGUAAAAUUUUCCAUUUGAAGCCAUCUCUUCUGCGAGAGCUAGUGCAGUUGAGACACUGUGAAAGUUUUCUAGACCACCUCAUCUGGUAAUCAGAAUUCAUAUUUUUGAGGGGGGGUGGCGGGGUGGGUUGGGGAAUGUUGGGAGAAAUGCAGUAGAGUUCCUAGAA